GCUUAGUUAUCUUACUCCUUGUUUAGCUAUGUGCUUCAGCAUAUCUGUCCAAGAUGAAUAUCCUAUCGAGGGUGAUGAUGAGCAACAAGCUGAAGACGAUUCAUGGAAGUAAAUAACCUGCCAGAUAUUAACAUUAGUCAAAGAAUCCACGUGUAUACUUUGUGGCGAAAAUUCAGCGUUAAACAGAGACAGUGUGGGUGGCCCCCUGGCGGAUCGGAAGCCCUAAGCAACUUUAGUUUGCCUAUAGGUUAUGAAGUCUGAAGACCUGUAAAUCCUGUAAUAUCAACUUAGUUGAGAUGGCAUCACGCCCCAUUUCUUAUGGCAGCCAUUUGAGUGACUCUGAAAAUUGGGAUCACAGGACAACAAUUUGCAAACACUCAAGUGGUCAGCCACGUGGAGCUCAGCAGGAGGAAGAGUUGGUGAAAAUGAACCUGCAUGGAGCCAGCGGAGGAGGAACCCUGGAUCACACCAGGGAGAGACGACGGUCUGGAGAUCGCUCCAGGGACUCUUCACAUGAGAGGGGUGAAGGACAGCUGACCCCUUGCAUCAGGAAUGUCCCUUCACCCAUACGCCAGCAUCUCGGUGAUCGUGAACGGGAUUCAGGUUGCUCAUCACGCUCCACGAGUCCCAGACAACAGAAAGCAUGCACCUCCAGCUUGUUCUAUGGCGACCCCCAUGGUAAAACCCAUAGCUCAACUGACAUGAUCUACGUGUGUGAAAAGGAGAGCCCUCGUAGUUUGAGGACUGCUGAAAGAGUUACUCUGAUUGUGGAUAACACUCGUUUUGUGGUCGACCCAUCCAUCUUCACUGCCCAACCCAACACCAUGCUCGGCAGGAUGUUCGGAUCUGGAAGGGAACACAACUUCACACGUCCUAAUGAAAUGGGCGAGUAUGAGGUUGCAGAGGGAAUCAGCUCCACUGUGUUUAGAGCCAUUUUGCAAUUUGAUCGGUCUCUUGAUGCUGUGCGUAUAACGGAGCUCUUUCGAUGUUUGGCUGGCUUUAAAUGGAUCAGUGCAUGUGAGGAGAAGAAAAAGCAGGGGGAAGAUUAUUACAAAUCAGGGAUAAUCCGCUGCCCUGAUGGGAUCUUCAUCCCAGAGCUGAGAGAGGCAUGUGACUACCUUUGCAUCGCCUUCGACUACAGCACCAUCAAGUGCAGAGACCUCAGUGCACUCAUGCACGAGCUGUCUAACGAUGGCGCCCGGCGGCAGUUUGAGUUUUAUCUGGAGGAGAUGGUGCUGCCUUUGAUGGUGGCGAGCGCUCAGAGCGGAGAGAGGGAGUGUCAUGUGGUGGUGCUGACUGAUGAUGAUGUGGUGGAUUGGGAUGAAGAAUAUCCACCGCAGAUGGGAGAGGAAUACUCACAAAUUAUAUACAGCACAAAACUAUACCGGUUCUUCAAAUACAUUGAAAACCGAGACGUUGCCAAGUCAGUUCUGAAGGAGAGAGGACUGAAGAAAAUUCGAUUAGGCAUUGAAGGAUAUCCCACUUAUAAAGAAAAGGUAAAGAAGCGACCGGGUGGGCGUCCUGAAGUAAUUUAUAACUACGUCCAGAGACCCUUCAUUCGAAUGUCCUGGGAGAAAGAGGAAGGUAAAAGCCGACAUGUGGACUUCCAGUGUGUGAAAAGCAAGUCCAUCACCAACCUCGCCGCAGCCGCUGCAGACAUUCCUCAGGACCAGCUCGUGGUCAUGCACCCUGGGCCUCAGGUGGAUGAAUUGGACAUCCUCCCCAACCACCACCCCCAACCCAGCCAUCAUUAUGACCCUGAUACUGAUGCCUCGUCCCCGGUCAUCUGACCCACACACAUCCCCUUACCACCACCUCCGUCCAAUAACUGCCACUGAGCACUGCAGAGAGAGGCCAAGUCCCGCUACCAAGACUGCAUUGCCUUUCUUCAAGUCCUCUCCCGCCUUACAAGUCAUAAAGACCUGAUUGCUGCGGCAGUAGAAAUGUGAAAUGCCCUUUGUACACUAUGCCUUUCACCCUAUAGACUUCAACCAAAGGAGAUUUAUAUUUUAUUUAAUUAGGCACACUUUUGGUUAGUAUUUGAAGUGUUUGAUUGUACUAUGUGGUGCUGUGUGGCUAUUGCUGUCUGACUAAGCAAUAAAAGGGAGCACAACCCACUCUAAACCUAUGUCUACACUGUAAGCAUGUAGGGCUUGGCAAUAUAUCGAGUAUUUGUGAUGCUUGUACUAGGAAUUUAAAAUAAGCAACAUCAUGAAUAUUGUGAUUAUUUUAUUGCACUCUUCAUUUGUUCCUUUCAUUUUCCAAACACCUCAUCAUUAGGCUAGUUUCGCAGUUAUGUCUCAUCUUGCACCAUGCAAAUAUGAGUGCAUUAAAACGAAGAUGUUGUAAUCGAAUUUUUUUAAUCAGUCCAUAUCGUCCAUUUCAAAGAACUGAUUCAAAACUCAGAUUUAACAAUUUGUAUGUGUAAAUCAAUUUGAACCGUCCAUUUCAAAGAAAUGGAAGCGUAGCGGUAGUUCUGUCAGGAAGACUUGUAGUAUUAUACACCAUUCAUUCAAUCAGGCGUCUCGUCCAAUCAUAAUCCAGCAUCUUUAUAAAUCUGAAUUUGUCUGUUAUCGCAUCAUGUGCGUUGUUAUCACCCCUUCACCUCCAGUUUAGGUCCCGGGGGUAAGUCCCUCUCCCUUGCCAUUCGUCUUCUGGCAGGAUCUGACGGUUCGAACGAGAAUCUUUCUUUCUGGUAGAACUGAUUCAAAACUCAGAUUUAAUGAUAUGUUUGUGUAAAUCAAUUUAAACUGUCCAUUUCAAAGAACUGUUUCAAAAUUCUGAUUCAACUAUUUGUUUGUGUGAAUCAAUUUGAUAAUUUUAAACUUGUCUAUUUCAAAUUAUUGAUUUAAAACUCAGAGUCAACGAUUGUUUGCAUGUAGCAUUUCAGACUGUCCAUUUCAAUGAUCAAAUCUUUGAUUCAACUAUUAAUUUAUGUCAUUCACCCGAUAAUAUUAAUAGAAGUCUCUGCAUGGCAUUUUUCAUGCAUUUAAAUGUUUUAGUAAUAACAUGUAGGUAAAUAUUGCUGUUACAUAAAUACAAAUGCACAAACAUCGAGAUGUAUCAAAUAUUGUCAAAAGGCUGAAAAAUUUAUAAUAUAUAUAUAUACACACACACAGUACUGUGCAAAAGUUUUAGGCACUAGUGAAAAAUGUUGCAUAGUGAGGAUGUCUUCAAAAAUAAUGAAAUAAAUAUUUUUUAUCACUUAAUGUCAUACAAAGUCCAGUAAACAUAAAAAAGCUGAAUCAAUAUUCAGUGUGACCACCUUUGCCUUUAAAACAGCACCAAUUCUCCUAGGUACACCUGGACACAGUUUUUCUUGGUUGUUGGCAGAUAGGAUGUUCCAAUCUUCUUGGAGAAUUCGCCACAGUUCUUCUAUCUGUUUAGGCUCUCUCAAUUGCUUCUGUCUCUAUAUGUAAUCUCAGACAGUCACGAUGUUCAGUGAGGAGCUCUGUGGGGGACAUGACAUCUGUUGCAGGGCUCCCUGUUCUUCUAUUUCAGGGGUGUCAAACUCCGUUCCUGGAGGGCCGCAACCCUGCAGAGUUUAGUUCCAGCCCUGCUCUAAAAUGCCUCCUUGUAAUCUUCAAGCACUCCUGAAGACCUUGAUUAGCUGCUUCAGGUAUUUAAUUAAGGUUGGAGCUAAACUCUGCUGGACUGUGUCCCUCCAGGGACCGAUUUUGACACCCCUGUUCUAUUCUAAUCUUUUCUAUUUGCAAAAGUAAUGUUUGGGAGUCUAACAUUUAUAUUUCCUAUUGACACACUAAAGCUGAAGAUAUAAAUAACCAUCUUAAGACAAAUGCUUUUGUUAAACAUCUUAUGUGACAAAGACUUUUGCAGAGUACUUUAUAUGUUGCCCAGCCCUACAAGCAGGCAAGUGAAGCAACUUGACAAAGCUAGAAUGGCCGUUAUAGUCAAUCAAGCUGUUUACAUUGCAGGUGCACAAAGUCACAUUUCCAUUACUAUCAACAAAUCUGUCUACACUGCAAGAGCACAAAGUCCUUUUUUAUAAUGGGAAUGUUCAAGUUGCCACGUUGUGCACUGUGUAGAGUGGGUGUAAUGGAGCACCCAUGGAGGCUCACUGUGAUGCAUGGCCUCUGAAUGAGUUGUACAGAAGUGAUGUUAUAUUAUAUAUUAGUUUUCAUUUUAUUUUUAUUUGUAGCUGGAGUGUGGUGCUGCAAGAGACACUAUUGACAAGUACUUUUUGUGUACCACUUGAGAAAUGUUAUUUUAAUAAACAUGAUUAAAUUGG